UUUGUUUCAUUGCGAGUUUGGACUUAUCGGCUUGCAUUUCUUGGUUAAAUCCCCGUCUUUUGUAAGGUCCGCCAAAAAAAUUGAGACUUGAUAUGCCUCGCCAUGCUCACUGUGGAAUCUCAGCUUAUCUGUUCCCAGCAUGUCGGCAGCGCCAAACGAUGCUUCCGUACAGCAUCGGUUCGUCCAUAUACACCAAGCAGUUGCGCUGGUACCCAAUGAAAUUGCCAAGUUAUGGAACGUUCUCGAGAGGCCCGAAGUACCGGCCAUUGCGGCAUCCAACGCUUGCGAUAAACUAAUCAACGCCAUUCAAGACGACCGAGCUUUAUUUCAAGAUAUUAUGCGACAUUUGCAAAAUUUAGCUUUCAUUAGUCAGUGUCGACUUCGAAUAAGUGUUCUUUUGCACGCGAUCACUCGACUGCUUACGCUUCACAUGACAGCUCGACAAUUGCACGAUGUUCCACUGGCACUGAGCUCUUCGUCGAAGGAAAUGAUCCAUCCGUUUGUGUUUCUUUUACAACAACGUCCGCAACUCUAUCCUAUGUUGUUGACCGAAAUUGAUACGAUGUUGGAGGAUAUGGAACCAUCAACAUUCAAGUCUUUUUUGGGAACGAUGGACUCCUUUUUCGACGCUGUGUUUCUACUCGAUUUUGAUACCGUCGAUUCAAAUGCUCUCCUCACCCGUUUGGGCUUGUGGAUGACGAGACAAGACAUUCCCGUGGAGCUUAUAUUUUAUCGUUUGUUGACCAUAUCACAGCGAUGUCCGUCUCAAUAUGCUUUCGAUCGCUAUCUGAGUGUCGUCGACGUUUUGAUGGGAGCCAUCUCCCCAACCGGUUCUGCUCGCAGUAUUUUAUCCGAGAAUCUCCCCUUCGUUGUAACCGAUCUACAAUAUCAACUGCUCUCGAAAGCUUACGACGCCGCCACCUAUGGUUAUCCCAUGAUCCCUUUCGUUCGACGACUACAUCAACUCCUGGCAUUACGCGAGUCCUUGGCUCAAACACCGACCACCGUGAAUAACUAUGUCUUAUGGUCCAGUCUCUCGUACUUUCUCUUCAGUGCACAGACCGUAGAUGAUCAGCUGAUAGUUUUACGCAUGAUGCGAACCAUAAUUAUGCACAUUGAUGGAUCCUUCCUACUGAUUGCCUUGUUGCCCUUGUUUCAAACACUUUCGGAACUGUCGGACGCGAAGAGCGAAUUCAAAGCGCUCGUAUUGGACCUUUUAUCCUUGAUCUCCAAAGGCAGCUCUUCUCUUCAGCAAUCAUCUUCAGAUCGGAUAUUAGAUGAUGUGAACGAGGAACUGGCCAACUAUCCUAUGGCGGGCGUGUUUGGACACAGUAUAUCGCAUUUUUUCGAUUUUUUCCAGCAAACUUUACUAGCUGCACCACAGCCUGUUGAAUUGCAUCCCACCAUGACGACCGUGUCGCAGCUGCAUGUUUUAUUGUAUAGUACGCCAUUUGUAUUCCAUGCCGACGCGUCCGUUCGCAAUUCGUAUCUAUCCCACCUCGUCCGCACGGCAUCUUUGAUCUCCGCUCCAUCGAGGAAGUUUCCGCUGCUAAUGCUGCUGAUGUAUUUAAUGCGUCAGCCUGUCUCCAGUAUCGACACCUUACUCCAUAUCCUUCAUCAAUCCAUUCCUGACCUCGUCGAUGUAAACGAUCCAAUCACCACUUCCAAAGCGCUGCAAGUUACGCUAUCCAUCGUACAAGGAGCACACGCAAUGAAAGGGCUUCAGACUGUACGCGAAACCACACUUGCCAGCAUUGGUGUCAAAGUGCUGACCAAAAUAUAUAUGCGGCAACCGCGUGUCUGGCAAGAAUUGAAGAAACUAUUAUCCGACUGGGUAUUGCGUCGAAAAUCAAGCAAAGGCAAAACCUGGAACAAGUUGGGUGGCAUCCAGAUGGAAAUCGCGAUGCUGACAAUUAUGCGUGAUCUUUGCCGGUUGCGGCCUACGGAAUGCGCUCAAGACAUUUUGCCUAUGGUGGUUUCCAUCCUUCAAACAUGUGAAGAUCUGAGCAUCGCAUCGCUUUCGUUGUUAAUGGAAACAAUGUGCGCUUGUAUUGAAGCAGGCAUGGCCGAGACCCGCUCUAUGUGGACAGUCGCCAUUAUGUAUAUCGCUCAAUACGCCAUGGACAUGGAUAACGCUGUUUCUUCGCUGUUAAUACAAAAGUUAUGCGAUUUCUUUGCACUUGUCGGUGAUAAAGACGAAGUGUCCGAGCCAUAUAUGGACUUUAAGGACGCUGUGCUCAAUCAUUAUAUUGUGCAUCUGAUACGACACCAAGACACCAAGAUCAAGGAAUGCGCUUUGCAUGCAUUGUCACAUUUCCCGGCACCGGAUAUUGCGACCCUUCUUCCUGAAAAGACCAAGCAAUUCAUGCAAGAGAUCCUUGAUUCUGACAAAAAUUCUGCAUACAGCGCGGUAUUAACAAAGUUGAUGUCGCAUGAGCUGGAUCAUAUGCGACGAGGCUUGUUCAAAGAGGAAGUGUCCCACAAAGCAACCGAAAAAGAGGAGACUCAGGUUCCUUCGGGUCGAUCCUCGAUUGGUCAGUCAGAGACUCACAUCAGCAACCAAUUUCUUAUGGCAUGGCAAAACUCCCGCAUUAUCCCCGGUCUACGAACAGGUUACGCAUUGGGAACAUUGCAUGUUGCUGGCACGGCCAUGGAUGAUGCAGCAGGCGCAAAUACAAAAGAGGUCUUGCUGAAAACCAAGUGGUAUCGAUUGAUGGUUUCUUCUCUGGCUGAUAUCGGCUUAACCGAUCAUUUGCUGAUCCGCGUUUCAUCUCUUGGUUCUUGGAUGGCGUUUUUCGGUCCGUGUCUGCUCGGCAAUCAAACGGAUCUUGAAGUCAAAGGCGAUCUGUUGAUGAAGGAUUUGUUAUCGCGCCUGAACAGCAGUACUGUUCCAGGAAUGACCAGCAAUAUAUUAUUGGCGAUUGCAGGUCUGGUUCUCACCUUGAAUAGAACUGUGCCUUCGUUUGCAGCCGCUGCAGCGAAACAAAUGGUGGAUAUUCUGAAGACCAAAUAUCUCAAGCCCUCUGGCUCCAAUGCUACACAGUUGAUGAGUGAUGAAGUACAGUUUGCCGCUCGAUUCUGUCUAGGACAUGUAGCUGUUUGUAUUAUCGCAAACGAAAAGAUUGCGACCGAAGUGUUAUCGACGCUCCUAGAAAAUGCCACCGAACCGGCCCCUCAACGAAAUAUCGACACGGCAGUGGAUCUUAUCCAGUUUGCUGAUGGCUACGCAGCAGGUCACUACUCGGCAGCCCUAGCGACCUGGCCCACCAAAACCGACGAUAUUGCCAACCUUGCGGAAAAUGCGACGCAAGUGUUGAUGGGUUACUUGGACGACACGGAGCAUGCAUCUGAAAGCAAAGUAUUGGGUAUAUGGCUGGGAUGGGCCUCCAAUAUGAAGACCAAUGACAUGAAGACGGUGUAUGAACGUGCAUGCAAAAUUCUGAAAGCGUACGGUGACGGUUCACGUAUCCAUAAACCCAUGAUUUUGGGCGCAUGUUGGGUAGCGGCUUAUGGUGUUGUCAAUGAAGACGGAAAGAUAGACGAAGAAACCGCAGGCUGUCUAGAUCACAUUAUGUCUGUGGUUUCCUCCGAUGCUAGCAUGGCUCAGCAUCAGCACCAUUUCAAUGUUCCGUGUGCCCGUCUUGCUCGCUUGCGACUGGGAACGGAUGAUUUGGAAAGUGAGGGGAAUGAAUAUUAUAGUGGUCUGUUGUUAUCCGAACUGCAAAGUGUUCAGUAUGAUGCACCGUCCGAUCCCCACCGUACAGCAGCUUUGUUUUCUAUUGGAAGUCUUUUGGGUGUAGACUAUCUCGCGACGACGUACGAUGCAGAAAGAUUAGCUGUCGAAGGCCAUAAAUACGAUGCCAAGACGCGUAAACCUGUUUUGCUGGAAUUAACAACGAUGGCCGGUUUGACUUACAGUGAAGAAAUUGGUCACUUGAAAAGCGGACGCAUUGCCGCUAUCAUUUGCGGUAAAAUCGUACAAGUAACGACAAUGAUGCAAGAAGCGCUUGAUCUGGCAGAUACGCAGGAAUCGUCUGGCGCAUCCGAUUCAACCAUGCUCGCUACAUCCUCCGAGCCAAAGAAUUAUGCACGUCUCAACAACAAUACGAGCUAUUUACGUGCCGUAUUUGAUACAGCCGGCAGAUUAUGUGAAGAAUCCAAAGCACGCACAUUGUCCCAAAAGGAUGUGGAAACCAUGGCGAACAUUCUACUUACAUCUUUGCGCAAGACGGCGGGACCUCUUCCGUCCGUAAACUGGUUCCGACUGUUGGCUGAUUUGUCGAGAAUUUCUGAGGACACGCAUCGACUCUGUAUUCUGUUUGCCAGCACACAUGCCGCCGCAUCGUUAUCGCUCAGCGAAUACCUUAUCUCUGAACUCAAUCACAGCAAAGACAUGAAGAAUGAAGACUUACAAGCGUUGUUGGUCAGCGAAGUAGGUCUGGGACGGGUGUUAAGCCUCAGUGGUCUCACGAGCAAAGAAGAUCUUGAACAAAGUGGUCCCAAACGCCGUGGUGUCGAUGCUGUGAUAAAGAUGGUCAGCAUCUCCUCGAUUCGUGUUCGUGAACUCUUUGAAUCCUAUUGCAAAAAAUUCAUGCAUUUACCACUCUCCGUGCAACAAGUCUUCCUCGAUACACUUAGCAACCAUUUAUCCGAUCCCGCUUCUCAUUUAGCCGACGACAACACUGCUGAAUAUGUACAGUCUCUAUGCGAUAUGACCUUAUACAACAUCACUCUCAAGCUUCUUGAAGAUAUGACUAUGAAUCUUAAUACCGAGGACUAUGCAAGUCUUGUCUCAAGGGCUAUUCAAUGUAGUAUUAUGGAUAUGGCUCAAUUGGUUCCAUCUGGUUUACAAGCGUGGCUGACCCCUGAUCAUGUGUUUGGCAAGGUGGUGGCGAUCAUGACGAUUUGCAAAUUGCGUCGCACGCAGCACAGUGUUCGAUGGAUUACAGAAACCUCCAGUCGCUUGUUUUCAAUGGAUAGCGUACCUUUGGUGGAUGAGAGUUGGAGUAUCAUCACCAGCACCAUCCAUGAAAGCUGUGCCACAAUAGAUGAUCGACUCUCUUGGGUUAUCCGAUUAUUGGAUGUAUUUAUCGUUCUUGGUAGCAGUGAGGACUCCAAUGAUGCUAUGACGCAUGGAUUCAAGGUCGGUCUUCGUCAAGUUCUCAAAGGCCUCUGGACUGGAUCCUUCACCACGAACAAAAACUGUGACGCGCUGCAAGUCGCGCUGACUGAUGUAACGUAUUGGUUACUGUGCGCUGUCCGAGACAGCGAAGAUCAACCGGAGCAGAAACAGGUAUGCGAUCCAUCAAUCUAUGCAUGCUUCCAAAUUCUGAUUUUCCUGCUUUAGAUUGUAAAACGCAUCAUGACGAUUUUUGAUUUGGAAAAUGAACAAGAUGAGAGUAUCAAGGAUCUACUAUUCCAGGUCAUACGAGACUCUCCAAAAGAGGCGAUUGGAACAGACACAUGGAAAAAAGUGAUCGGUAGUUAUGACUUUCAUUAUUAGAACUGCCAAAAAAGAAAAGCGCAGUUUAUUCAUAUAAUAAAAAUAUAUGCAUCCGAAUAAACUAGAGCAUCCUUUGUUGUAU